AUGGAAGUAUUUGUCAUUGUUAUUGCUGCUGACUACAAUGUCCUUUGCUGGUGCCAGUACCGUUGCUCAUACCUGUUGGGUCUCUUGCUGGGGACAAUGUUAUUGCUCCUGCCUAUUAUGACUCUUGCUAGGGACAGUGUUGAUUACUGUUGA